AUGCUGCUCGAGGCACCGACGCCGACGGCAGCGAGCGACGGCGCCGUCGCGCACGACGACGUUCUCUUUCUCAUUCUUCACUACCUGGAGAGUACGGGCCUGUUUGCGACCACGGUUGCGCUUCUCCUCGAGUCGGGUCUCGACCAUCGGUGGCUCUGCGGGCCAAGCCGCGCCAUGGCCCAGCUCCGCGCCUACAUCUUACGCGGCGAGUUUGCACUUGCCUUGGCACUUCUCGAGCCGUUGCAGGCGCAGGCACCGACAACGUACGCCCGCGUGCACGACGCUGUCUGCGCGCACGCCUUUCUCGAAGCCUGCGUCGACGCGGCACCGAUCCCGUCGCGGCUUCGAUGGCUCCAAGCGCUGACAAAAUCCCACACCGAGUAUGGACUCUACGAGACACUGGCGUUUACAACGACACCGAAUACCGUGCAUCCGACGCUCGCUUCGUGGAACACGGCGCAGCGCCGAUUGCAGUGCUUCGCCGAGGUUCUCGCCGACGUCCGGGAGCUGCCAAACGACGACGACGGCGUCGCGCGGUACUUGGCGACGCCGCCGAUGCAGCUGCAAACGCUCGUGGCACAGGCGCUGCGCUAUCAGGCUCACGAGAGCAACCAAGACGACACGGCGCUGGACUGCCUGCGACCGGACGCGGUGCCGUUGCCGGCGCCGACGCAGCACCUGCUUCGCUUGGCAUCGACGCCCUCAGUCGACGACAAGAAGACAACUGUCGUCACCGCUUCGAUGGUUUUACCGCCGAAACGACCGUGGACGACCAUCGCACCACAGAACAAUGUGGCUUGCCAGACGGAGAGCUCUUCGGUGUUAUCCAGCGAGGUUGGCUCGCAGGCGUCAGUUGCCGUCGAUGCAACGGGCGUGCAGACGGCGGUCGUCGUCGCUACCUUGGGUGUACAGACGCGAGAGCCUUUUCUUGCGUCCGCAGAAGUGCAAACAACCAGCAUCGACAGCUCGACGACGAGUGCACAGACGGAACCGAGCACUGCCGAUGAGAGCUCGCAUUUUGGUGUUCAAACCGACGUGGCCGAGGUCGCGCAUACCGAGUCGCAGACGCCGACGACGACUACGCAAGACGUCGGCCAGCAAGCGGCGCUACACCGGCUAGUGACGGAUGCCGAUGUGCAGACUACGACGUCAACACUGUGCGACGCAUCGAUGCAAACGACCGUGCCAUUGCCCAGUGCACCCGCCAUCACCCCACUUGUACUCCCAACGCCAACGGCUGAGCCGACGCUUCUCCACCGCCCACCGCCACCGGCGUCCACAGACUUUAUACGGCUGUCCAUGACUGUGCCACCGCCUGUUGCACCGGCAACACUCGGCCGGCGCAACGAUAUGGUUCGUCUCUCGGACGGACUGGCGCACCUCAGUCGUCAGUCCAACGCGUUUCCACAAGCGCCACCGACGCCACCAAAGCCUAACAGCCCCGUGCUCCUCUCAACUGCCUCGUUCUCAAAUCAUCGGACGUCGGUGCCGGUCGACCGCGCGGCAAAGCCUUCUACGUACGACCAGGCGCCGAGCCCGGCGACGGCGGUCGUAGUUGCCGAGACGCGUGAGGCACAGGCGGUCCGAGCUCUGCAAGUAAGCCACCACGGCAAGUACCUCUUGGUCGGUACGAACGCGCGGGCCGUGCGCGUCCUCAACGUUCGGGAUGCGCUGGCGGGACCUCGGGACGCCGUUCCCGGCGCGGCGCUGGCACUGUUACCGGUUGUGAGUGAGCACUACAAGCACCAUAGCGGGCCAAUCUACUGCGCCGCGUGGAACUGCACCGAUACGCUCGUGGCCACCGGGUCGACGGACGGUGUCAUUCACCUCGCCCGCCCGUUCCAGCUUGACAAGGUGGCGACAGCGUUGUACGAACACACGGACGUUGGGCCUGCCACCGACAAGACCAAAGUCCGAGCGCUGGUGUUUGCACCCACCUCCGAUCGCUCGCUUGCAUCGAUCGGCGGCUACGAAGACAACGUCGUGCGCGUCUGGGACCUGUCUUCGGCGUCGGUGGCCAUGCAUUUACCCGGUCAUGGCCAGGAUCUUCUCUCAAUGCAGUACCACGCAAUCGAGCCGCACCUGCUCCUCACGUCGGCCCACGACCGGACACUGCGCACGUGGGAUCUGCGCACCGGGUGUUGUACGAGCGUGCUGCAGCUGCCGUCGCCCGCCAUUUCCAUGGCGUGCCACCCCGUGUCCGGCUCCGUGGUAGCAUCGGCGCACGACGACGGCACCGUUGCCCUCUGGGACGCCCGGUCGCACCGACGUCCGACGCACUCGCAACGGCGUCUCACCACAACUGCUGGGUGCCGCCCGAUCCUGUCAUUCUCGCCCCACGGCGCCUGGCUCCUCCUCGGUGGCUUUGACGGGUCGCUUCUGGUGUUGAAUGACAGCCUCGACGUCGUCGCCGACUACUCGGCAACGGUGCGCGACAGUGUCGUACAGGCGGUGUGGCACACGACGCUCCCGGCGUUCGUCACGUCGGGCGCCUCCAAGUCGGUGAAACUCUGGGCGCUGUAGUCUUCUCCAGAAUCGAAACACGCUC